AUGCAUCCGUUUCGCCAGAGUCGACCAAUCCCAGCCAGGCGCCGCCCUGGCGUUACCUCUCACCAUCUAUACAGCACCUCUGCUCCGGCUGGCAACAUGGCGGCCCAGAUCGCCAACCGCAACGACGAUUUGUGUGGAUUCGAGCAGUCCGACGACUUCUUUGCUCAGGAUCCUCGAUUCCUGGCCUGCUCGGAGCCUCUUGCCCGCCACAUCAGCUCGGAUCAGAGCUCCUUUACAUCUUCCACACCAGCUUCGCCGAUGCUGAGCACAAGCUUCAGCUCCUUCUAUACUCUGCAAGCCAGCUCACCGGGUAGCCCCAUGUUCCCUCAGCUACAAGACAUGCCGGGUGCUGGUGUUGGAUCUCCGUACAGCAGCCAGAGCGUCACCACAAGCUGCGAGGGGCACUCCCCGAGAACCGUGUCGGAGGACUUUCCGGGUGAAUCCCCCAAGGGACGCGACUAUCCCGUCGUGUGCCUCUUCCCCGGCUGCGACACCAAGCCUUUCAAGCGCCGCGCAGACCUCGACCGCCACUACAAGCACAAGCACGCACCCACCUCGCAAAAAGACUCGUACUUUUGCGACUAUCCCAAGUGCGCACGCCGCCGCGACCCUUUUCACCGCCGCGACCACUUCCGCGACCACCUGCGCGAGUUCCACAAGGAGGACAUUGAGAAGCGCGGGGGCUCGGUCAACGAGGAGUGGCUCGAAGAUCGCAACCUGUCGUCGACCUGGUGGCGAUGCGCCAAGUGUCUGGUGCGCAACUACGUCGAGCAGAACGGCUACGAGUGCCCCAAGUGCAAGACGACGUGCCAGGCGAAGCGCAAGGAGCUUCGCAUGCGUGAUUGA